AUGGCCAAUGCUGCAGCAGCCUUUAGCCGCAACGGCAAUGGGGAUGAACCCCUCCUGCCGCGCAAGGGCGCGUAUCAGCGUUGCUUCUCGCAUUCCGGCGACGAGCUCAAGAGCUUCCGCUCCUGCCUCCGUUGGCUCUGCAUCGAUCACUCGGAUCGCCUCCACGCAGCUUCAUCCUGGUCCGUCUUCGUCAUCUUCAGCGUCGCCGUACCCCUCGCCUCUCAUUUCCUCAUGUCAUACUCCCCCUCUCGUCGAGCGUACGACUCCGUCGUCCAGCUCGCUCUAUCCGGCUCCGCCGCCCUCUCAUACCUCUGCCUCUCCGCCUUUGUUCGCUUCCAUGGCCUCCGACGCUUCCUCUUCCUCGACAAGCUCCGCCUCGAGAGCGAGCGCGUCCGCCUCGGCUACACCAAUCAGCUCAACCGCUCCUUCCGCAUCCUCUCCAUCUUCGUCCUCCCCUGUUUCGCCGGCGAGGUCGCCUACAAACUCGCCUGGUACCUCUCCGGAGAAGAACGCGUGCCCCCUUCCCUCCUCUUCAUGGGCAGCAGCGUAUUCGCCGAGUGCGUAUUCGCCUUCCUGGAGCUCGCCUCAUGGAUCUACAGAACAGCCAUCUUCUUCCUCGUGUGCGUCCUAUUUCGCCUCAUUUGUUUUCUGCAGAUCCUGAGGCUGGAGGACUUCGCCGGCGCCUUCAGCGAAGGCGCCGACGUUGCUUAUAUCCUCCGCGCCCACCUCCGCAUUCGCCGCGAGCUUCGGAUCAUAAGUCAUCGUUACCGAAAUUUUAACGUAUACUGCGUCCUCAUCGUCACCGUUAGCCAGUUCGUUACUCUCCUUGUCACUACCCGCCCCACCGCGGUCGUCAAAUUUUUCAACGCCGGCGAGAUCGCCUUGUGCUCAACCGGGCUGGUGACCGGGCUGCUAAUGUGCCUACAUAGUGCAGCUAAGAUAACACAUAAGGCUCAAGCAAUAACGAGCCUGGCAGCAACCUGGCACGUAUCGGCUACAGUUGCUUCUUAUGAAGAUUCUUCAGAUAUCCCAUCACCUGCAACAUCCGCCACUGAUAAUGAAGCUAGAGAUGAUGAUGAUUCUGUCCAAGACGAACUUGAAGAAGAUGAUGUUGAAGGAGAUGAUGAGCUCCAUGACUCCAAGCUUGUUUCCUCAAGUAUCCACACCAUUUCUUUUCGUAAGAGACAAGCGCUAGUGACUUAUCUGGAAAACAACAGGGCGGGGAUCACAGUGUUUGGGUUCGUGGUUGAUAGAACAUGGCUUCAUGCUUUGUUUAUGAUUGAGUUUUCUCUGGUCAUGUGGCUGUUGGGCAAAACAGUGGGGAUUUCGUAGCCAUGCUUGCAGUUGUAGUUGAUGGUUUACUUAUUGUUUUAUCUCAUCUCUCUGUUUCUUUGCAUGUUUUGUUGUAGAU